UAAAAUACUACCUAUCUCGCCAUUGCUUACCUCUAGCCACACCACUCGUCUGCCCGGCCGAGCCAUGGAUCUUCCGCAGCAGCAGCAGCAUCCCGAGAUCAAUCUCGACGAGAACCGGGGUGCAAGGGUGAUGCUGAUGGAAAAGACCCUCCUGAAUCCGAUCUUCCUCGUGGCGCUUAUGAUGUACUCGCUUCUCAUCGGGAACAGCCUUAGCGGCCGGACGGCUACCCCACAUGGAUAUGGGGCUCCACCCCCAUCUCCAGCUGGGCUCGCCACGUUCAUGGGGGUCAGCUUCAUGUGCCUCUCAUUCGUGACGGUGGGCAUGGUUCACCUUGUGCUUGUUCUUCAUCUUACGAUGGUGAGGGGAGUCGGCGGUUUUCCAAGGCUGACGAUUCUCUUUCGUUGGUUCAUGCCUGCUUGCCUCCUGGCGUCCACCUUUGUAUACUUUGUCCAGUCCAUGCACACAACGCGUUAUGGCAUAUGGAGGAGCGAGUGGAUAACCUUCUGCAUCGCGGGGGUCAUCUUUGUCGUGAUCAAUCUCUCAAUGAUGCUGAGGCCAUUGAGGCAGGUUGGCUUGACUGCCUUCGAGUAGUAGGUCGUCUCUACGUCCGCGCGUUGCCGCCAAGAGGAGGAGCUCGAGGUUCUGUGGUUGGACAAGCGUCAAGAGGUGACGUGCGGUGCGGAGGGCCUACCAUGUAUCGUCCAGUUCUAGUGGUUCUUCAGUAGUUUCCUAGCUAACUUUCGGGUCCUUAGUUAUCAUCAGACAUAGGUGUCUAUCGUCUAUCAGUAUUUUAGUGUUCUAGCUUUAUUAUCCAUGUAACUCUGGAGUGAUGAGGGAACAGCAUGUCGAUCCUGGCAUCUUCAGGUGUAGGUUCUCUAGUAGGUUCAGAUCGAAUCGGCUGGCGUUGCGUACCUUGCGUUCGUGCAUCUAUGCACCGGUGUAUCCUUUUCAAUCGUUGAACUACUGGAUCGUUUGAUGCAAGCGAAUAUUUUGCUACUACUCGUACUA